AGUAUGGGCAGACGAAAAUCCUAUCAUAGCAAUUUUUUGUAUCUUAUGUGACGAUUAACAUAAUAACGCAAAUUUUGUACUGAUAUUUUAUAAUAUGAUCCUAAUUAAACUAACACAAGUAAUCGUGCGCUAAUUUUCUGAAAAAUUCUGUAAUCUUAUUGAAAUUUGUACAUGAAUGAUAUGUGGAUGAAUUCGAUGGGUUAAGAAGUGAAGAUUCAGUAGAAUAUUAUUUAAUCUCCGACGAGAUGUUGAAAGAAGUAUAUUCUGUAUUAAAACCACGGUUGACAAAUGCUCUGAUCAUCAAAAGAUCGAUCUAUGAAUUUCCCAGAUCGACUUUUCCGAAAGUGUAUCAUAAACCUCCUCCAAAUUUGAGCUUCCGUGAAAAAGUUCGGCUUGCAGUUCGCGAAUUCAAGGGCGAAUUCAAAGUACUUUAUAAAGAGCUACGGGAUAGUUAUCAUUUCUGGCAUACGGAACACAUCGUUCCGUACGAAGACGAUAUUGUGUGGAAAUUCGAUGGAACUGAGAAAUCGCUGGACCAAUGGAUCGUGAAUUGUGACAGAGAUUAUGCCAUCGGCUACUCGAUCGCCAAAUUAGACUUGUCAAGCUCUGGUACCGGAAUAUUUCACGGUGUAUUAGAUACCCGUCUACCCAAAGACGGUAAAACUGAACGUUCCGGUUAUUGCAAUAUAACAACUAUAAGGAAGCUAAAAUCUUUUAAGCGAGAGGACACUUACGAUUGGACUAAAUAUAAUGAGCUUGUUUUACGAAUUCGAGGGGACGGUAGAUGCUACCUGUUAAAUAUUCUUCAAAGGGGUUACUGGGACAUAACGUGGUACGAUGCUUUCAAUUACGUAUUGUACACCAGAGGUGGCCCUUAUUGGCAAGUGGUUCGUAUUCCAUUCGCAAAAUUUUUGCAUUCUUCGAAAGGACAGGUUCACGAGAACCAGUUUAGUAUGCCCGAGAAUCGGGUCACAAAUUUUGGAAUCACAAUCGCAGACAAAAAGCCAGGUCCAUUCAGAUUAGAAAUUGAUUACAUCGCAGUUUGUUACAAUCCUGAAAUCUUUGAAACUUUUGCCUACGAACAGUACGACGUACCUGGUAGAAAUUAAUAACAGUUUUCUUACUAAAUUAUCAUGAAGUGAGUAAUCAUUUGUCCAAACAUCAUUUAUGUACAUAGUAGAUGUUUAAGUGUCUCAUUUAUUGUACAGACAAAUAAUAAAUUUACAAAAAACAA